UCCGCAGACCCAGACUCCCGGAAGUAGAUGCCGCGCGCUCCGGAAGCGAUACUCCGGGCCGCGCGCGUCCUCCGCCCAGGUCUCUGUGAGAGACGUCGAGCGGAGCUACCGUGGAAGGAAGCGAGAUGCCGGUGGCUGUGGGUCCCUACGGGCAGUCCCAGCCUAGCUGCUUCGACCGCGUGAAGAUGGGUUUCGUUAUGGGGUGCGCCGUGGGCAUGGCGGCCGGGGCGCUCUUCGGCACCUUUUCUUGUCUCAGGAUCGGAAUGCGGGGUCGGGAGUUGAUGGGCGGCAUUGGGAAAACCAUGAUGCAGAGUGGCGGCACCUUUGGCACAUUCAUGGCCAUCGGAAUGGGCAUAAGAUGCUAAUCAGGACAGUGAGUGCCUGCUACAUCUAAACUUUCCCAUCCAUCUCGACCCUUGUACUAUAAUAAAAAGUUUUUUCUUCUCA